AUGGUCUAUUAUUUAGAAAGAGUAAGAAAUAGUGCCAUGGCGUUUAUUUUCGUUGGUAGUAAUCGAUUCUUGGAAAACAUGUGGAGUUUAAGGGAAUGCAUAAAGCUUGUCACCGCACGAAGAAUGAAAGGACCGACGAGAAGGGACGAAACAACGCCGAAGACAUACGAGACCAAGGUCAGCAAAACGAAGCGCCUGACGACCGUCAAAUGUCAAACCGCCGCUAUCACCUACGAUGAAGCGAAAGCUGCUUGCAAAGCGAGGAAGCGGAAAGAGCGACAAGAGAGCAUCAGCUCGCUUUGCCAGGAACGAAAAGUCAUCAGAUCCAAUUCGGAAGAGCGGCCCGAACAGAAGAGAUACGAGAAAAGCAGCGCUAUCAGAAGGGUAUCCAGCAGCGAAGAUUUCCAGAGCAAAAAGUCGGGAUCUGCUGAGAAGAUCAACGGUUCGCCUAUCAAAGCAACAGGAGAUAAGUGUCUAGCCUAUGAAGAUAAUGAACAUGAAAGGCGAAGGUCCCACGAGCGCUUCGCAAGACCCCUCACCCUCAAAGGCAAAAAGUACACCACCAAACGAGUCAAAGUUCGCCCCAUAAACAGAACCAAAUUCAAGCCAGAACCGUCCCAAGACGGCAAAGACCACAAGAAACUGGUGGUGCCUCAAGGAGCUCACUCCACCGACCAAGGUGAAGUCAACACGAGCUUCCUGUCGCUGCACCGAAAUGAGAGAGCAAGGUCGCCAAGUCCCACACAGGACCCUGUUUCCCCAAUCCUGGAUUGGUCUACUCUGCACGAGCUGGUACAUUCCUCUGAACCGGUACUGAGCCAAACAGCCAGGCAGAUCAACGAAAAUACCGAGACAAUGCCAGGAGUCUCUGUGGCCUUGAACCGACUCCUGUCUUCGCCCAGGAACUCCAUAAUAGCCACACACAAGAUCUAUUUGGACCCGGACGUGCCUAAACCCAUGUCAAACCUGGACUCCGAGCCAGAAAACCCAGUGGACGAGAGGCUGCAGAAGAUCUCGAAGCAAGUCAACAGCUUCAAGAAGAAAAUCAAGAGACUGGAAAGCAAUUUCGAGAAAGAAUACGGGUACAAACCAUCGCAUACUGACAAGAUGAAUGACUCGAGCUUGAAGAAACUGUACGGCGAACUCAGCAAGUUGAAGAAAGAUCAGAAGCAACUGGCAGAUAUUUCGUCCAGCUGUGCUUUAAUCGAUGUUGGAGGGAAUGGGGAGCCAGGCAGCUUGCAGAUGACUAUUAACGAAAUAGAAAAGAAACUCUCCAUCAAAAGGGACGCAGCUGACCGAGGUUCCAACAUAGAAGAAAUGUCCUCAGAGCAACUGGUAGAAGAAAAAGUAGCUAUACAGAAAGCAUUAUUGUUUUUGGAGUCAGUUCAUGGCAGGCCAAUAAAGAAGGAAGACAGAGAUCUAGUCAGGCCGUUCUAUGACAGAUACAGAACCCUCAAGAGAUUGGUCAAUAAAUUAUCAACAAAUAAUUCUUCUGGCGAGCUGGCCACUAUUCACGAGAACGAAACAAUGACUUUCACAACACCACCGUCAUCAUCUAUCGAUACUGAAUCCGAGAAAACAUCAGUGCAGCCACCAGUUACCACAGACAGUGAUACGGACAGCUCAUUGGGGGAAAACCUACAUGCCAUGAGCCGACGGGAACUGAUGGAACAGUUGAAGCUAGUAACGGAAGAAAGGAAGAAUCUGAGGAGGAAAAUCAAAGAGUUCGAGCUAGAGGUACAACUGAACAGGGGUAAAAUGGUGCAGAAAGAUGACAGAGCGCCCAUGGAAGGUGUUUACGCAGCUUACAAGAAGAUCAAAGCCAAGGCUAGGCUUCUGGAUGCACUAGUUGGAAAACAAACUUGA